CAGGUUGCUCCGGAUCCCAUACCACGUAAAGUAUCCCAGAAAAGGCCCAAAGGCAGAAGCAAAAGGAGAAGGAGACGCAGAAGCAGCAGGUACCUGAAGGCAGUCCAGCCAUACGUACGAAGUACCCCCAACGACAGCGGAGGACAAAACGGAGAAAGAGACGUGCGCUCACUCGCUGCCCACGCUUCCACCUACCCCGCUGCCCUUUUUGCAACUCCCACGCCCUCACGCCCACACAUCCCACGCCCACCGUCCCACGUCCCACGUCCCACGUCCCAUACGGCCACAGUCCACCGUCCACCGUCUACGACCAGCCAGCGAGCGACCUUCUCUUCCCAGCCCAAGAAUCCACGUCCCAGAACCAGGCCUAAGACCAGGACCGCCCCGCCGAACAGCCACCCCUCCAGCGCGCAACAAAUCCUUGAGCUCGCUCCCCCGCCGUCGCUGCAUCUCUUUCAAAUCCAGCCGACUCCCGCUCUCUUGUUGCCUUUCCAUACACGCGCCAGACCAGACGGAAAGCUACCCAUCGCACACCUCACAUACCGCAAAACCUCUUCUUCGAAUUCCCUCACCUCGUUCAAAUUCGAGCUGAUCAUCGAGCCUGUCUCUCGCUCAUCACAGCAGAACCGUCAGCAGAAGCAUAACUUGACCCGUCGAUCUCCCGGCUGUCGUCUUUUUACUCCGCCACCCCUCAUCAUUCUUUAA